UUUUGGGUAAUGUAAUUAGUCGGAGAGCAAGUGGCAAGUGAGUAGGCAGAGUGGUGACAGACAGUGAGAGUUUGGUGUCACAUGGAUUUUCUCAGUGUCUCAUUAGAAAUCUAGUCAGUAUAUAACCCCCUUGCUGACGACACAGUCAACAAGCAUCUCAGCUACAAUUUGAGAAAUAUCAGUCACAGUUUGACAACGCAAACCAGUACAAAAAUGAAGAGAAAGUUUUGUGACACCACUUUCAGCGAAAACCUGCCAACAAAGUCCCAGCGAAUGCACUGUCACCAAAGUGCACCCCAGGGAUUCACACCGCUACCCCUCGAGGAGAACGCAUCGUCUACCCCGCACUACAACACUUCUGUGGAUCUACGUCGCGUUAUUGACGAGUUUGUGGCCAUAUACGAACGUUUGGACAGUACCGACGAUCCCUUGGUUAAGCCAAACUACUCUUAUACGGAACUAGUGUAUUUGGCUCUACUCAGAUCGCCGAACUUCUGCCUGCCGAUUAAUGAAAUAUACAAGUAUAUUCAGACCAAGUUCCAGUUCUUCAGGAGGAAUACUCGUGAACACUGGCGUAAUGCUGUCCGCCACAGUCUCUCCAAGACCAAAUGCUUCACCAAGAUCGGCGUCCGGCGCGGCCCAAACUCAUCCGGCACCUACAACCGCUCCAUGUUCCUGUGGACCUUCUUCCCCAGCAGCAUCGUCAACUUCGCCCGUGGUGACUACCGCUCCAGCGUCGACAAGGAAAGCGGAACCAACACUCUCAGAUGGGGAUACUAUCGUAUUAAUGCUGGUGAAUUUUGGGACCGUGUUUCUCUUUCGUUGGAUACCAAGAUGAUGUCAUUCAAGGAAUCUCUUGCCGCGUCCCCAACUCAAGCCCAGAUUUUCGAAGUACAGUUGUGCAUCUUACCCGGGACUGAGUCUCAGUACAUAGCUCCACGCCCAUCAACUUCGCCUGAGACCCACCCCGCCUACCGCCAGGACUCACCCCCGUCUAUCAGGACAACCACGUCGUCAAGCACCCCAGCGUCCGUCCAGCCUACCCAUGGAGGUCACCACAUCAUGCCCGCAUCUGUAUCACAGUACCAUCAAGCCAGAGCUACCCAUAGUCAAGUCACAGCUACCCGUAGUCAAGCCAGCCCUUCCCUUAGCUACAGUAGUAGCACCAGUCCAUUCUAUCACACAAGCCCUGCGCUACCAUCGACUACCCACGAGUAUCACUACAUCGCCAGCCCCGAGCACGACAGCCCGUCGUUCCAGCAUCAGAACACGACACUGGCCACCGGAACAGCGAGCCGUAGCUUGUCUUGGGAUUCUUCUACGGACAUCCUGUCCUGUGCUUGGAACGCUGUAAACUCCACACCCUGUGACAACUCCGACAGCGACUGGUCGUCCAACUCCGAGUGUCGUGACAGCGGGGUCAGCACCGACACCUCCAGCUCAGACAACAGCUACCUCCACGCCUUCAUCGACGGCCGGCAGUUUCACUCCCCACCCCAGAACGUCAAUAUGUUCAGCCCAUCCUUCCAUCCUCAGCGUUACCAGUCAAACAAGAUGGUAAACACCGCCCGCCACGCCCACGCCCACGCCCAUCCCCCCAGCAACCCCCGGGAUACUUUCACCGACGUUCAGCUUCUACCCGAAGCAUCUCUCUCGUCCCUGUUCGAUCUGGCAUCGAGUCACCACCAGGAUUCUUCCGUGUUCGAUUUCCUCAGCCAGGAUAACAGUUCGGUUAAACAGGAAUCCGACAGUGGUUACGCAUCAUCUUUUGCGCAUGACAGUUAUCUGGCGUUUGCACACAGUUUGUAGGCUACGCCACCGCCUUCCUGGCUCAGUUCCAUAAAGCGAUUGCUGCGCUUGGGAGAUCGUAACUCCGAUACUUUAACACAGACUUUCGACAGUCGAAGCGAUAUGAUCGUUUUGUGGAACGGAUCAAAUCAUUACGAGACAAGUCGUAUGUUCUAUAUUAUAAUGCCACACGGGUACAUAGACAGUGCGUUUAUGCCAUGUCUAUAUCUCGAUAACCUGUUGAUGAAGUUGGCUCAGACCGGCAGUGCAGCGACAGCCUCAGUAGCACAACGUUGA